CGCGCUCCCAUGGCCCGGCGGCGACGGAGCGGGCUGGCAUGUGGGGGGCGACGGGGCCGAGACGGUGGCACUGAGUCGGGGUCGGGGCGGCGAUGCGGCUGCUCGGAGCCUUCCUGCGGCUGCUGCUGGCCGGGGCACUGGGAGCGCCGCCCGCCCCGGCCCCGGAGACGCGGGGGACAGCCAGCGCGGAGGCGCCCGUCCUAACCUUUAAGGAGAUCUGGAACCGUAGCUUCUGCCGGCCUCGGGAGCAGCUAGUGGAUAUCAUUACCGAGUUCCCCAACGAGGUGGAGUACAUCUUCAGGCCCUCCUGCGUCUCCUUGCAGCGCUGCGGGGGCUGCUGCGGUGAUGAGGGGCUCCGCUGCGUCCCCGUGCAGACCGGCACGGUCACCGUGCAGCUUGUGAAGAUAAAGCCCAAUGGGGAGGCACCCUACGUGGAGGCACCCUACGUGGAGAUGUCGUUCACUGAGCACAAGCAGUGCGAAUGCAGGCCGCGGCAGGACCUGGCGAGGCCAGGCAGGAGGAGACUCAAGGGCCGAGGUAAGAGAAGACAAGACAAGAAGAGACGUAAAGACUGCGAGCUAUGUGGCACACCACGCAGGUAGCCUCCGCUCUGCCCCUGGCCUCGCUCCUGCCUCUGGAGCUUGAGCCUAUGGCACUUCUGCCCAGUGUGGGGACGUGUGGUGCUGAGCCCCUUGGAGUGACAGUGCUGGGGAGCAGGACUGAGGCAGGAAGGAGCCGACGAGAUUCAUGCUUGGCUUGGGUGGAAGCGUAUCCUGGAGCCAAGCAUUCUCUUGCCCCAUCUGCACUGGUUGCAGCAGGACUAAAGGACCCAGAAGGGAAGAUGAGGAGCUGGAGCUGCAAACUGGUGCUGGAGGGCAUCUUGGGGCUGAGAGGAACAGAGCUGUGGGCAUGCUGCUGGAGCUGGGUGCAAUGUGGAGUGGGAGUGAGCAGGGCUGGAACCACAGAACUAUUGUGUCCUACAGGCAGAGGGGAGGGAGCACAGCUGGGAUGGGUCCCCAUCUGGGCAAGGUGCAGCCCAGAAGGGUGUCUGCAGGGGAGGGGAGCUUGGCAAGCCCUUCUGUAGGCACGGGGAGGAACUGGGGUGCUUCAGACCCUUCCUGUAUCCACAGCCACAUCCCAGCCGUGUCCUUCUGAAUAAAAGCUGGGGGUGGACCCAAGAGCUGGGUGGGUGAGUGCUCCUCUCUUUUACAGCAGCUGGAGGGCCCUUCCAGCCAGUGCCCAGACUGGCGGUCCCAGCUAUUGCGGCACUCAUCCCAUUCCUGGUGUGGUCCUGCACUGAAUCCCUCUGUUUUUGUUGAGGUCUGGUCCCAUCUUGCUGUCCUACAGCUGUCCCUUGGCCCUGGUGGAGCUGAUGCUGGAGGCAAACUGCCCAGGGGCUUUCCUAUCCAAGAAAUGUACUCCAUUCAUCUGGCACAGUGGCACUGUCUGUUACUGGGAACACACUGGUAUGGGCAGGGGACUGUCAUCCCCAGUCUGGGGAGCUACAGGCACUCAUUUUCUGUUUGCCCCGGUAGAGGAGAAAGGGCUGGGGGCGCCUCCCUGGGGCCAUGAUGGCACUUCAGCCAGGGCCAUGGACAGCCCACACCCUGGUUCCUGCUCACCUCAAGCACUGCCCCUGGGACUCCUCCAUUCCACCCCCAGUGUUGGAUCUGGCUGCUACAUGCAUUCUGUGCUCUUCUGUACCUUUCAGCAGCACACAGACCCUAAGGACAAAAUGGGGAACUGAUGGCACAGAAGUUCCUAGGCCCAGUCCUGCAUUCAACCACCCUCUUCAUGACUGUGGAGCUGACUAGAGCUCGCUCAGCUUUGGCAGCCCGUGACAAGCCACAGCUGGGGGUGUAUUUCUACAGACCUGAAGCCGCUGUGUGAUGGCUCAGCUGCUGCCCUCAGCUGAGGAGAGAUAUGGCUUAUCCUGUGCUGGGUAGUCAGAGAGGGCUGCAGCAUGGAUAGGAGAUUUGGGGCAGCCUUCCCAGGUCUGAUAGUGCUAGGUGGGGGUCCUGGUGCAGGCAGCUUGCUGCGCUGUGUGCCCGUUCAGCAGGUCCAGAGGUGCUGUGAGCAGCAGGAGCCACUGGCAGUGCUGAGGGAUGGCCCUGAUGGCUUUGCAUCCUUUGUAACAGUAAAACUUUCACCAUGGUAGUAUUAUGACCUUUGAGAAUGAAACUAUGUAAAAACAAGACUGUUAAUUAAUUUAAAAGCCUGUCAGGUAUGAUUAUUGGGGUUAAAAACCCGGAGCCCCACAACAAGUGCAACAGCCUAAUGUUUCCCUUGCCCUUCUGCUGGCCAGGUAAGACGGCCGGGCGCCCAGCUCGCCUAUUCCGGGCCGUGCCUUAUCCCUGCGGGUGAGGGGAGGCCGGGCCGUGCACGCUGCAGCCGGUAGGGCCCUGGGGAAGCAGCGGGACCCCACGGCGCUAUCGGUGCCUCUGGCUCGUGGAGGCUCCCGGUGCUGCGGAGCAAAGGUUUGUUUAAGGAGGCCUGCAGGGCCGGGCUGCGGCAGGAGGGUCAGCGGGGACGGAGUGUCGGCUGGGAGCGGAUUGCAGCGGGGCUACACGACCGCGUGCUGUGGGGCGUAGCUGUUGUGGCGAUAGCGGAUCCCGUCCCGGCGUGCCGGGAAGCUCCCCGCUUCCCCCGGAGCCGCGCACGAUCCGGCAGCGGCAGCCUCCGGAGGUCUGAGGCUUUCACCGGCUCCCACGCAGCCGCUGAGGACCCUCGGACUCCAGCGCCGCGGAGCUCCGCGCGCACCCGCCCCACUGGCG